AUGUUUCAGUAUCUGUGGCUUUUGAUGGCACUUCGGUGUCUGGCAAUGGGUGCAGUUCAUCCGCCGGAACCGGAAGUGAUGGCACCCCUGGUUGCGGCAGCCCUGGAAAUUCUGGACGAGCAGGUUAGCCCCUCGCAGAUCACAUUGGCCGUAAUUGAAUUGACGCCGGAGGACGAGCAUCGGGAUCACGUGCAGGAGGAGCUGAUGACCAUGAUCAUCAAGGAGGUUGGCGAUUCGAUGGCAGUGCGGACAUUUCAGCAGCCACCAGCCGAAGUGCCCGCAUGCUAUGUGGUUUUCCUGGUCAAUUCCGCCCAGGCCUUCAACACAUUGAGCUUCAACUUCACCGAUAUGCACUCGACGCGGGAAUAUAACUUUCUGAUCCUGCUCACGCGUCGCAUGUCCUCGCGAGCCGGGCGACACCAGAUGCUCAGGGAUAUAGCCAAGACCUGUGUGCGUUUCCACACUCUGAAUGUCCUGUUGCUCACGCAAACGAGGUAUGGCGUGGUUCGGAUCUACACGUACUGCUUGUACAACAAACACUGCGAUCAGAGUGUCACUUUGGAGUUCGUGGAUCGCUAUGUGAAUGGUUCGUUUCGGGAGGAUCGUUGGGCCAGGUCCUUCGAUCGGGCCCUCAGCAGUCUUUCGGGAUGUCCACUGCAGGUCAGCUGGUAUCCCCUGCCGCCGUUCGUCUCCUUCGAUGGCAACUCAAGUGAUCCGGCCGAACGGGCGGAGAUCUGGCGACUAACCGGUAUCGAUGGAGAGCUCAUCAAACUGCUGGCCGAGAUCUUUCGCUUUCGCAUUCAGCUCGAGGAGCCGUGCGACAAGUGCCUAUCGCCGGACAUCAAGGAUGCCUGCAGUGGGUGCUUCGACCAGGUGAUACACAGCAAUUCCUCGAUACUGAUCGGGGCCAUGAGUGGAUCGCAUCAGCAUCGGUCGCAGUUCUCCUUCACGUGCUCGUACCAUCAGAGCUCGCUGGUCUUCAUUAUGCACAUGAGCGAACAAUACGGCGCAGUGGCCCAGUUGGCGGUGCCCUUUUGUGGGACAGUCUGGCUGGCCCUGAUCCUCUCCGGAGUCCUGGUCGUUCUGGUCGUGUGGCUGCGAAAGAAAAUCGAGGGUGAGGAGUCCGAUUUGGCCUAUAAUGCCCUCCAGGUGCUGACCACCCUGAUGGGAAAUCCCCUGGAGGCGAGGAGCCUGUCCAGAAGUGGCCGCAUACGCAUACUCUACGCCGGCUGGCUGCUUUUGGUUUUGGUCCUGCGAGUCGUUUACCAGGGCAAACUAUACGACUCCUUUCGCAUGCCCUACACCAAGGCCGUGCCCACACAAAUAGCGGAGUUGAUCAGGGACAACUACACACUGAUUUCGCAGGAAUAUCUGGACUACUAUCCCCACAGCAUGACCGUCCUGACCCGGAACGGAUCCAGCGAUCGCUUCGAUUAUAUGCAGAGUUCGGCUGAGGAGACUAGACUCACGACCACCUCGCUAAUGGCCACGAUGUCCUCGUACAAUCAGAGGCACUGGAGCACCAGCCGAUUGACCCACAUCAGGGAGCACAUCCUCAACUAUCAAUUGGUCAUCUACUUGCGGCGUCAUUCGCUGCUCAAAUUCGCCUUUGAUCGGAAGAUCAAGCAACUGUUUUCGGCCGGCAUUAUUGGGUAUUUCGUUCGUGAGUUCGAUAGCAGCCUGUACAGUGAUCCCUACGAGGAUGACUACGAGGUGACGGCCAUUCCGUUGAAUGCCUUCUGCGGUCUGUACGUAGUUUAUGCGUUGUUUCUAUCCGCUGCUGUGGUUGCCUUUGUUCUGGAGUUGCUCAGUUUGAGGUUUAAAUGGCUGAGGAGGCUUUUUGAGUAG